CAAGCAGACCUUACACGCCUGUGCUGUGCACAAGCACCCGUACAUCUCCACCGCAGCUGAGCACCAUGGGAGAGGAAUGUUCCAGAAAGGGUCGGAAGACCUUCACCACCCUGGAGAAAUGCCUGAUCUUUCUCUUUGUGGCCCUGACCGGAGUGUGCAUCGGCCUGAUCGUGGCAUACGUCUUAGAGCGCCAGUCCUCCACGGGGGGAGAUGAAGAAGGAGAGGAUGCCGUGAUCGAUUCUGGAUGUGGAAAUCCACAGCAGCUAACGGGGCCUUCAGGGGAGUUCUCCAGCAAGAACUACCCAAAUAAUUAUGACAACGGCAAUGGCUGCAGCUGGCACAUCACUGUCAGCCCAGACAAGGUCAUCCAACUGUGGUUUGAAGACUUCUCUCUAGAGGACACAGACUUGUGCUCGUCGGAUUUCCUCACUAUACAGGACAACCUGGGAACCAUCGGGAAGUAUUGCGGGCGCACAAAACCCAAACCGUUGGUUUCCCUGGGGAACAGUUUGGUGGUGUACUUCGACACCAAUGACCAGGGAACAGACAAAGGAUUCAAAGCCCGUUACAGCGCGGUAGCUCCGGAGAGCACUGCAGAAAUAGCGGGAGGAGGUGGCCACCUGCAAGGUACCUAUGGGGAGAUCAAGAGCCCAGGAUUUCCCUUCCAAAAUUAUGAGAAUGUGGCGCUGUACCAGUGGAAGAUCACGGUGCCCGAGGGACAGCAGAUCAGACUCACGUUCUCCACCUUCGACCUUGUUCCGACCAACUGUGGAGACUACGUGGAUGUUUAUGACUCGGCUCACUUGGGUCGUUUUUGCGGUGGAAAGACUCCCAGUCCAGUGGUCUCCACCGGCAACACCAUGGUGAUCCGAUUCAAAACGGACAGCUCCCUGAGUAGAAAAGGCUUUGACGCCACCUACAGGCUGGCCAGUUCCAAGCCUUUUCCCAGCACCACGCCCCAGACCAGUACCAGUGCCGGUCCCAGCACAACACCACCACCUGUCGACUCAGGCUGCGGCACCAAUGCGGUGCUGACCGGCCGUAAAGGUGAGAUCCAGUCCAAAGGUUACCCGCAGCCCUACCCAGCCAACCUGAGGUGCGCGUGGAACAUCACGGUGCCAGAGGGCUUGCUGGCCAGGCUGCAGGUGACCGCCAUCUCCGUGGUGGGAGAGGCGGGGAACUGCGGAGAGGACGGACUCCAGGUUUCCGACAGUCUGCAGUCGAUGGGAAAACACUGCGGGUACGUUCUCCCUCCUGUCAUCAUCAGUUCCGAUAACAGGCUGUCCGUCAGUUUCCAGUCCGACUCCCGAUUGACUGACCACGGCUUCUCCGCCAGGUGGGAGGCGACAUACCCCGAGGACAUUUCAGAGAUCCAGGGGUGUGGUGGAGCUUCGCACGAGGAGGUUGGAGUCAUAAAGACGAAGAACUGGCCCAUGAACUACCCCGGUAACAGCCAGUGCAUGUGGAGCAUCCGGGUGCCGGCCGGAAAGACCAUAACUCUGACGUUCACACAUUUCGAAGUGGAGGAGCCCGGCCCACUGAUCGGAAGAUGCUACGAUAACGUGGUCGUUUACGACGGCACGACUGCCGGAGCGAAGAAGCACGGCCCGUUCUGUGGGUCCAAACUCCCCGCUGUGAUCCAGAGCACAGGGAACAGCCUGCUGAUACGCUUCCACUCGGACUUCUUCACCGAGGCCAAAGGUGUCAGAGCCACCUGGACGACUGACCCCUCCCUGCCUGCCCCCACAGAGCCCCCGACGCCCCCCAACCCCUGGGACGACAUCCCCAUCGACUGGCCUGCUACCUGCGGCACACCCGCCAUCCCCCCGAUGAUCAACACACGCAUCGUCAACGGCGAGCCCGCCAAACCUCACUCCUGGCCCUGGCAGGUUUCAAUGCAGGUGUGGCCGGCCAGCCAACCACAGCCAAGGUUCGCUCACAUCUGUGGCGGGACCCUCGUCCACAAGAACUGGGUUUUAACAGCAGCUCACUGCUUCAUAAACUACGCAGACGAGCUCCCGCGCUGGCGCAUGUGCUUCGGGAAGCACAACCUGACGCUGACGGAGCCCAGCGAGCAGUGCCUGCCCAUCACCGGCAUACACAGGCACCAAGGCUUCAAGUACCCACAGGUGCCCACCGUGGAGUUCGACAUCGCUCUGGUGCGCCUGGACGGCGAGGUGUUCCCCACGGAGGAGGUCAGCUUCGCCUGCCGGCCCUCUCCAGAGGAGAUCCUGGCCGGGGGGAAGAAGUGCUACGCUACUGGCUGGGGCGAUGAGACGGGUAACUCCACUGCUCCAAAGGCGGCAGAGACACUCAACCAGGUGGAUCUACCUGUGGUGCCCUUUGACACCUGUAAAAGGAUGGACUACUGGUGGUUCCAGGUCAAGCCCUCUAUGAUCUGCUGUGGCUACAACAGCCCGGAUGAGCUCAAGUCUGUGUGCCAGGGGGACUCUGGAGGCCCUCUGGUCUGCCAGGACAAUGCUACCAGCCCCUGGGAGAUCCACGGCAUCACCAGCUUUGGGCCCAUCGGCUGCAUCAUGGACAAGAAGCCCAGCGUCUUCACCCGCACCUCGGCCUACAUCCCCUGGAUCGAGCAAGUCAUCCGCAAGAACAUCUACGACCUCCAAAUCUCGGGGUGUGGGGGGGCCAAGGACGUGACCGGGCUGAGGGGAAGCCUGUCCUCCAUGAACCACCCCCUCACCUACAGCAACAACGCCGGCUGCCUCUGGAACAUCAAAGCGCCCCUGGGGAAACUAGUGCGCCUGCACUUCCGCAACUUCUCCCUGGAGGACAGCGAACUGUGCAUGAACGACAAGCUCAGUCUCUCCGAUCACAUCGGCUCCCUGGGGACUCACUGUGGAAGCUCUGUGCCCAGUGAUCUGGUGACCACCAGUGACACUCUGACCGUUCAGUUCACCUCCAACAGCAGGGUGGUGGACACCGGCUUCCUCGCUUCCUGGAGUGCCAUAGAUCCUGCAGACAUCCCCACUGAGGUGCAGUGCGGGGGACAUUUUGGCAGUGAGCAGGGGGAGUUUGUGUCCCCCGGUUGGCCCAAUGCCAACUACCCUGCCCUGAAGGCCUGCAGCUGGCGAAUCACAGUGGAGCCCACCCACCAAAUCUACAUAAACUUCACAGACUUCCGUCUGCAGGCUCAAAAUGUGCUGGGAGCCUGCAAUGAUUAUGUCACCAUUUUUGACGGAGUGGGCUCAGACGUCUCAGUUUUUGGCCCGUACUGCGGAUCCACGGCCCCACCAGCGCUGACCACCAGCGGAAACGCCGCCGUCAUCCGCUUCCUCAGCAACAAAGCCACGCAGGACAGGGGUUUCCAUGGAAACUGGAAAGCUGUCUCUCCUGCACCCCCGACUCUGCCGCCCCUGCCCGGCACCACCGCUGCGUCGAUCACCAUGGACACCGCGCCCACCACAAAUAUCCCAAAUACCACACCCACCACAAACCCCACACCCACCACGACCACCGAAAACACCCCAAACACCACGAACAUCCCAAACACCUCACAAGCCACUCAGAUGAACUGAUACACCCCAUUACCACCACCUGGGACGCAUCACCUCAAGCGGCCAAAGACGCUGAGGUGCUGAUACCUGAGCACCCCAGCCAACCCCACCUGGAGCACCUACACCAGGGUCAUCAUCACCCUGUGUAAGUACAGGAGUAGAGAAAUCCUUCUUACCCUACAGGUACUGGUUAUCAUGAACAUGGACUGCAGGGUUCUAACCAGGAGAAACCUACUCACCUGUACCGAGCUAAAGUACCUGUGUGUGUGUGUGUGUGUGUGUGUGUGUGUGUGUGCGUGUGUGUAUAGUGAAGCUCUCAAAAUGCAAAGGGAAUUAAAAGGAGAUAAUUUAAUUCGCACAAAUGCCUUGACCAAAAAAAAAAUUUUGUGAAUUAUGUUUUUCUAGUUUAUACAACAAAUAAAAUUCAAAAUGGUCUACCAUAGGUAAUUACCUGUAGGCAUAUUUAUCAUCUGAUAAACAUCUGAACCCUGCUUUUCAGCAUGGUCUUGUUCUUUAGCUUCCUAAAUGUUAUAUUCCUGUACAUGUACUUGACUAAAGAGUCUUUUUUUCUAGCUAUGGAUUGAAAUUAAUAUUAUGUUUCCUUAUGUAUCCCUUUUCAAUAAAGUUAUUAUCCACAUCA